AUGUGGCAAUUUAUAAAAUUCCUUCAAGCCGAAGAAAAACGACUUCAGACAAUUGUCCUCCAAUGGUCUGCUGGUGCAUCAAAGAAAGCAAAUCCACGUACAACAUUUAUUCAAAAACGAAUAAAUACUCUUCAUGAUCGAUACGAUAAUGGUGUUAUUGACUCAUCAGAUCUUCUUACUGGUCUGUCAAUGCUCAUUGGAAAGAAGAAAAAAUAAAUAUGAAGCAUAAACAUUUUUAUUCGAGUUGUUGAUUUAGGGAUUUGCCGUUUUUCACUUUUACUUCGCGUUAAAAAUUUUUUAUCAAUAAAAGUUCUACAUGAUACAAACAUAUUACAGCAGGGGCCAGUUGAAUUUCCCCCCUCUGUUUUUUUUUUGUUUUUAUUACUAUAAUUCUUUUAUUUUUUAAUCUAUUAUAUAUAGCGAGAAAGCCCAGAAUGCGCUGCAUCUUUUGAUAUAUUUAGGUUGAACAUUAGAUGUACUUUAAUGUGUGAAAAAUGUAUAAGAAAUAAGAAUGACAUUCUUUUUUUUACUACGACAUCGGUUGUCUAUAAUGCUGAAACAUUCUUUGUUUUGUAUAUCUCGGCUU